AGAUAAUGUUAAGCAGUACAACAACAACAAAUAAAUAAACAUUUUCACAGCCAGCGGUGUGAGGUAUUGGAAGCCACUAAGGCUGAGAGAAGAGGGUCGAAGUGAAUGAAAAUUUCGUGCGGUGCACUAGAGUGUGAAUCUAGUUUUCACUAACCUAAAGUGGUAACGAAAGCAGUGAAUGGAAGUAAUUGUGAAGGCGGAAGGCUGUUGAAAGUUUCGUUUUGUUAAGCUGUGCGGUGCAGUGGCAUUGAAUACAGUACGUUUAGUGAGUGCCUGAGGUGGGUUAAGUGGUGUUUCAUCUUAUGACAUCAUUUCUCGGAAAGUCUUAAUAAGCUUUUCGUAAGACAUCAGAUAACGAAUCACAAAUCGAUUGGAGCAAGCGUUGGGAAUACAAACGACGUUCAGCCUAACAGAACUGUUUACACGUCCAAUGUCCGUAACCAGGUGAAUCCUGCGGAACCGUGAACCUUAUCGGAAGUCUGCCAAAUCUUUUUGUGAACCAAAUUUCAAGCGAAAGGUAAUAAGGUAAAGUGCACUCCUGCAAAACUCAACAACACACACACGGACGGACGGCCGGCCAAUUGAUUCAAACGAGACUGACAUUUAGCGCAAAUAGGCCAUCGCGAUCGCGUCGUGCGUUGUGUGGUCACCAGUUGGUGGUUGGCGAAGCAAUUGCGGUGCUGAUUGUUGUCCGGCGGCGGCGGAGAGCAUCAUUUAAAUACAUCGAAAUAAGUCAGCCGCUCGGGGGGCUCCGGUGGCCGUCGCGCGGCUGCGGGCGGAGAGUGUGUUUGCAAAUUGAUUUGACUUCAGUUGCGGGUGCAUUCGCGGCGCGACAAUAUUCUGGGGAAGCGAAAGGCCCACGGGAGCGCGAAUCCGAACCUUUUUUUUGGAGCACCAGAAGAGCGGACGGGGUUUGUGUUACGGGAUAAAUUAGUAACAACCCGAAACGGUUGAAACAACGCGCCGAGUCAGGCCGUAUACACCACAAAAAUGUCACAUCACAGCGACGAUCAGCUGCUGCAGGCCGGUAGCGAUUCGUUUUGGGAGCUGAACAACUACAAACGUACCACCAAGCGGAUAGAGGACGGGUACAAACUCUGCACAGAACUGCAAACCCUGAUCCAGGAGCGUGCCGAAAUCGAGAAAGCAUAUGCCAAAAAUUUGAAAGCCUGGUCGAAAAAGUGGGGCGAACUGAUUGAGAAAGGACCAGAGUAUGGAACCACGGAAGCAGCCUGGAAGGGAAUGCUCACCGAAGCCGAACGACUAUCGGAUUUGCACCUGAAGAUUAAGGCAAACCUUUGCACGGAUGUUACGCUUCAGAUUAAAGAAUGGCAGAAGGAUAAUUACCACAAGUCAAUGAUGCAAAUCAAGGAACGCAAAGAAAUGGAGGACCAGUUCAAACGGGCACAGAAACCGUGGGCCAAACUGCUGGCAAACGCGGAGAAAGCGAAAGCCGACUACCACGCGGCCUGCAAAAUGGAAAAAUCGGCCACUAAUCAGGAACGCAACGCCACCAGCGACUCGUCGAUGUCCAACGAUCAGCUGAAAAAGAUGCACGAACGGGUACAGAAACUAAAGGACGACGUGCAGAAGUGUCGCGAUCGGUACGAGCAGACGCUGAACGAGAUCAAAGAGUACAAUCCCGUGUACAUCGAGAAUAUGACGAGCGUGUUUCGAAAGUGCCAGGAAAUGGAGGAGACGCGACUGUGGUUUUUCAAGAACGUCCUGUUCUCGAUACACAAAUGUCUAAACAUUUCCGAAGAUCCGAGCUUGCCGCAGAUCUACAAGGAGUUCCACCACACGAUCAACAAUGCCGAUCACCAGAAGGACCUGAAGUGGUGGUCCAACAAUCACGGUGUCAACAUGGGCAUGUGUUGGCCAACGUUUGUGGAGUACACGGAAGAAUUCCGCGACAUUGCGAAGGGAAUCAAAUCCAAAGAAGCUUUACCCGCAGCGCCGAUCACGCUCAUUCAUCAGCGACCCGUUGCCGAAGAUGUGCAUGAGUAUCCACCACCAGCGGCAAACAACAACAAACUCGGUGGAGGCAAUCGGUCCUCGACGGCACUCAGCAUCAGCAACACGACCAGCAACAAUCGCACCACACCGACGCCGAACAACGACUCACCGAAAUCGGAAACCGCCUCAACGAAGAAUGAACCGACCACGACGCCAACGCGGAACUCGCCCGGCCGAGUCGCACCGGCAGUUGGCGCGGUUGUUACCAAUGGAAACUCUGGAACGAACGGUAAAGCGAAUGAUAGUAAUCCCUUCGAGGAGGAGGAAGAGUGGGACGAAGGCGACGGCAACGAUAACCUGCUGGUGGACAACGGUGAACCUGGAGUAGCGGUAAAGGCACUCUACGACUACGAAGGGGCCGAAAGUGAUGAACUAACCUUCAAACAAGGAGAUUUAUUCGAAAAGCUGGAAGAUGAAGACGAACAAGGCUGGUGCAAGGGACGAAAGGAUGGCCGAGUCGGACUGUAUCCUGCAAACUAUGUUGAGCUGGUUGCGACGUAAAUGUUUCUCGGAAAACUCACCUGUGAACGGCCACUUGUCGACAAGAAGCCGCCACAGAGAGAUUGCCUUUGCACACCUUGCGGGAAUAGAAGUGGCAAAUAAGUUCUCCGGAAAAAGUACACGAGAUAUGUUAACGUAGCCGACCGUAAAGUGUAGUGCGCAAAGUGCUUUUAGGAGAAUGAUUUUUACGCGCGACUAAGGUUCAUGAUAGUGGUGCUACCACUUUGAGGAGCAUGUGUGGUCAAAGUAGUGAGAAAACUGAGUAUCACCAUAGUCACAAUCUUAAAGAAUAGACGGCAUAACACAGGGAAAACAGUGAUCAUGUUUGCGCAUUAAUGUCCGCCUUGGCCUAUGAAGCAUUUGCGUCAGCAUUUUAUUUUUGUCUCUGUCAGGGCCUCGAAUACCACGCAAGAAAGUAUGAGGCGACAGGUUGUUCGGUUGGAUUUGUGUGAGGUUGCUAAAAGAAACCCGAUAACUUUCAAGUAGACGGACGGAACUCAUUUUGAACUGCAAACCACACGGAGGUAAACUUUUGUAUGAAACUUUGGAAAAUGGUGUUACAGGGCGAAGCUAAUGGAAGUAAAAGGCCAUAAUAUUGACGAAAGUCCAUCACACUCACUAUAAGUUUCCAUGUAAAUGUAGCGCCCUCAGUUUAUUUCCAUUAGUUGUCGGUCAAUUUGAUGUCUUGAUCCAAUAGCACUAUGCUCGGGUUUGGUCUACAGAGUACUGGAUAGAAAUAGCUGAACAAUACGUGGUACCGUUUUUCUUUUUGUACAUUUUCGCGUUAAAUCAAGCCUUUUACAAACAUUAAAAAAGCGGACGUCAGGCGGGUUUUUUGCUCAACGAUUUGAGAAGUUUACUACAUCCUUUUGGGUCUUAUAAACCGUUGAGUAAGAAUGAAGAUUCUUUUAUUAUUUUACAUUUCGUUAUCCUGGCUCCCAUCGGAGUGGAAUAAACUUCAGGAAUCAUGAAUAUCAAAUAUUGCCCCACGCAGGUUUUUAGUUUACAGUUUUCUCGUUUUUGUUCAACUUUUGCAACAGGAUCAAUACAUGCACCCAAUUUUAUAGUUGAAAUUGUGUGUCACAUUUUUACAGACCAUUCGAUUACGCUAUAAUUUGCAAAACUAAGAAGUGUGUAAGAUUCUAAACUUUCGUCAUAUCGUAGAAUCUAGCUCUGUGGUUAUUUUUGAUAAUCUGUACGACAUUUUAUGGGAAACUGUACAAACCUUUUAGAAGCAAAUCAAACAGUGAAUUCUCCCACCAGCUCCAGCAAUAUACGUCACAGUUCAAUAAGGUACAUCAAUUCUUCAUAUAAGAAGGUUAUCGCAAAGCCUAAAAAAAAUCAACUGGAGCAAUGUUUAGAAGCCACGUUUUUUUUUAUUUUUGAGCCUUGGGAUUUUCUUUUUUAAUGGUUCUUAGUUUACAAGAAUGCAGCUACGAAGUGAAAGAAAACAAAAGCGAAAAUGUUCGCUCGUGGAAAUGGCAACGAUCAGCGGACUCUCUUGGGGAGUAAGUGACCAACGCUCUUGCAAACAUAAUAAUCGAUACUUUCGCCUCAUGUUUGUUGCGUUGAAAGAAAACUUUUAAAAUUACCUGUUAUUUUAUUGUUAUCGCAGGACUUGUCAAUGAUAGAUGAAUAUAAUAAGAGCGAUACUGAAAUGGCGUAUGUUAUAUGAAAUCAAAUAUGCAUGCAUUACGGAGAAAUAAGAACAUACAUCAACUAAAGUAGCGGUGCGAUGAGCAAGUCGUAUUAGUAGUGCUCUAAGGGUAGGGUGUAGCAAUGGUAGCGUUCAGUAGUGGUAAACAUGGUUCAAACUGCGUUGAAACAGGAUGGUUUGCUAAUGGAAAGCAAAACGAAAUGUUGUGUAUUAUAUUAAGUUUGAGGACAAAAAUAUAUAACGAAAUAUAUUAAGUAGCGUUGCGUUGUACCGUAGAUCGCAGAAGGCGUUCUGUAAGAUUUGAACGAAAAGGUUAAUUUAUAAAAUCAGUAAU